AUCUUCCUUCCUUUUUGAAGCCAAGGUUAAGUGUAUGGCCAAGUCCACUUCUGGUUUUUCAUUUUUCUUGAGACUACAGUGAAAACUGUGCUCCAGAUUACCAUUGCCUCCUGUUGUCUGAACUUUGGCUCAAACAUCUCUGAGUUUCAGUACAGACUCCCAGAAUUGAGGUCAUUUUCAAGACCUAAGUCUCCCUCCCUCUAGGGUCUCAGAUCUAGAGCUCCUGAAUUUGAAUCUCAAGUACCAUGAACCCUAUACUGGAGCCCUAAAUAAAAGAUAUUCCUUAAUUAUGAAAGAUAAGCUGCAACUCCCACAAGGAAAGCAGUUUGGAGUGACAGCUGAGAGUUUUGAAGAAGGAGCAGAAGUGCCACAUCAUAAACGAAGGUCCUUCAGAAGCCAAGUGUUUCAAAGUUAUACUUAUGCAGCUGUUCAAACCAUGUCCGAAGUGUUAGUAAAGAACCUUAGCAAACUGACUCUCGACCCUAGUAUCAAACUCCCUUCCCCUCUACCAGACUAUCCACCCCAGCAGCAGGAGAGAGAGAAGAAACCACAGGGGCUUGUUGACCGCAUCCUCAGCAACAACAGGAAGAGGAGUGGAGUGAGGACUCUGUUAACUGCUAGGAAAGAAAGGAUGGAGAGGAUGAUUCGAUUGAUUCAGUACCAGCGCUACCUCAACAAGCGGUCCAUGCUUCAAAAGGAUCUACCAGAGCAGGAAAUUGAGGGUGAAUCCAGAGUGGAAAGAUUUAGAUGUACCUGUCAUUAUUGCCUGUAUCAUAAAGAUGUUUCUGAGGAUACCAGCAUGGAGAAUAAUUAUGACACGGAGCCAAUUUAUCCAAAUUCCUUCCUGAAGCUUUCUGGGCAUGCAUGUGGAUUUUUUGUUCUCUAUGCCUGUGUAUACCGGUCACUGUGGAGCUACUUUCCUCAUCAUCUUCAGCAGGUGGAGCCAUUGAGACAUGUACAACUUGCCGCAAAAAAAGCUAAAGACCCCACAGACCACCUUCUAUGAUGAUUUAACAGAUGGAUGCACGGGUUUUCCUCGUUGAAAUCAGCCAAGCUCCUGACUCUAAUGUGCCAAACCUGGUAGCAGUUUUCAAUCCCAGUUGGUCCAGCUCCAAGGCACCCAAAAGCUGGGGUACAUUGUACAUCCUACCCAGAAGCAGGGGUUUUAUUAGGUUUCAGGAUCUGUCCCCGAAGAGAUCUGAAAAGUGAAGCCACCUUCAUGCCUGUUGACAUGUAUGGCUAGAGAGCAUGUCUCACUCCUAUGCGGGAGGAACAUGAACAUGAUGUUCACCAGGGAGCCUGUCCACAGGCAAGAAAGGAGUCAGCAGAGAGGCUCCAAUGGCCAGGGGAACUACAACCUUUUCAGAGAGAAACAGCGAGCAAGAGCAGGGGAAGGAGCAGAUGGAGAAGCAGACUCCCAGAGUCUGA